AUGUCCCCCGCUCAGCCCUACGCCCACCUGCACACCAACCCCGGCGGCCCGGGCGACGCCCGCCCAACAGCCCUGCAAAUCCUCGCCGACGAGUCUCUGACCAACGCGCUCCCCGGCACAAACAUCGUCCUCACAGGCGCGUCGUCCGGGAUCGGCCUCGAAACCGCACGCGCACUCUUAACAACGGGCGCAACACUCUACCUGCCCGUCCGAAACCUCGAGUCAGCAAAGACUGCCCUCUCCACUCUCCUCCAGUCCUCCCCCCACAAUGAAUCACGCAUCCACCUGGUGCAAAUGGACAUUGCCUCUCUCGCAAGUGUCAGGCAGGCCGCCGCCGAGAUUCUCCGCCUCUCGAGCGGCAAGAUCAACACUCUCAUCGCCAACGCAGGCAUAAUGGGGCUCCCGGAGCUGACCCUCUCCGCGGACGGACACGAGAUGCACUUUGCGACGAAUUACCUCGGCCAUUUCUAUCUGUUCCAUUUGCUCAAGGAUGCGUUGCUGAGCGCAGCCUCGGCGGCGAAAUCGUCUCGGGUCGUUGUCGUCUCCUCGUCUGCAGCGCGGGCCGCGAGGCUUGACGGCGAUGGCGACAACGAGAAUAGGUAUUCUGACUACAAUUUCACGCGGGCGACAUCCACAUACGACAUGCAGACCGCAUAUGCCCGCGCAAAGCUCGCGGAAAUCUACAUGGCAAACACGAUUGAACGGCGGUACGGGGCUCGCAAUCUGCACGCGACGAGCCUGCACCCUGGCGCGAUAGAUACUGCGAUCUCGCGGCAUGUCGGCAGGGGAUUUGUGGAUAUACUCAUGAGUAACCCGGCCAUUGCGCGGAUUGCCAAGAGCCCCGAGCAGGGGGCUGCGACGACGGUUUGGGCGGCUGUUGCGGCGGAGUGGGAGGGGCGGGGAGGGCGGUACCUGGAGGAUUGUGGGGAGGCGGGGGAGGGGGUUGAUGAUGGGGAUGCGUUUGGGGUUGGGUUUGUUCCAAGGAUGUAUGAUGUGGAUGCCGAGGAGAAGGUUUGGAAGGAUAUGUGUGGGUUGGUGGGGGUUGCAGAGAACUGA